UUUAACAUAAAAAGGCUCGGUUAUGAUUGCUAGACAUCACAUUUACAAUCUAACCUUGUAAGACAACUACAUCCAAAAUGAACUGUCUUGUAUCCGUUCUAGUUCUUGCUGCCUUGGCUGCUUAUGGAAAUGCUGAGUGUGUGGACAAAGCAAUUCAACCUGGAAUUGAUUUCACUAGGCUCGGAGGCGUGUGGCAUCAAUAUAGAUACACCCCUGACACACAUUAUGAGGACAUGAACUGCUACACUAUUGAAAUUACAGACAUCAACAAACAAACUAAGACUUUUGUUAUGAAGUCAUUGUUUCGAAUAGCAAAAAAAUCGAUCAAGAAAAAUCUAUCACAUAAAGCCUUCUCUGACUUUAUCGAGUUCGACGUCAAUGCCAACUUCGGUGAACGUGUAGAAGGUAAACCCUUCAUCGGCGACCAUGUUGCUACUGACUACACAAAUUAUAUCCUCUUCUACAAUUGUGAAAAAUCAGGUAAGGCAACAGUUGACAUUGAAAUCCGCCAAGGCUUAACAAGCCUAUCUGCAGCAGUUAUCGAAGAAGUGCAAACUGUACUUAAUGAUUUCGGUGUCGACUAUUUUGAUCUGACCGUAGUAAACCAGUCAACUUGUCCAUACCCAAGCGGAGAAUAAGAUUCAAUUGAAAAAGUUUUUCACGAUGAAACGUAGUGCUGUUAUUGAAUUUCAUUGAUUGGUUCAUAUUUGAAACAGUUUUCAUGUCCAAAAUGUUUAUAGUUCAACAAUGCUGAUAAUAUUUUAAUGUUGUUGUAAAAUUUGAAAACAAAAAUUGUUGUCAAAAAAAUAUACCAUAACUGUGUAAAAGAA